AACAAAAUAAACAAUAUCACUGUUCAAGAGAUUUUAAAAGAAGUUAUUAUUAUCCAAAAACUGUCUAACUAUUUUAAACAAUGAAUGAGUAGAUAUGUAAUUUAUAUUUUAACACAAUUGAUUAUUUUUUUUUACAAUGGUGGAGGCUGCAGAAGAAAACCCUGAAAAAUCUGACACAUGCACAGAUAUUUCAGAUUGGGAUUUACCUUUAAGUUUUAACAAAAACCGUCAUACAGAAUUAAUAAAAGGGGCCGAGUCUUUAGAGCCAACAUGGAGAAUGAAGGAGAGGAUGAAAACAGUGAGCGUAGCCCUGGUACUUUGCUUAAAUGUAGGUGUCGAUCCUCCUGAUAUAAUUAAAACGCAGCCUUGUGCAAGGCUAGAAUGUUGGAUAGAUCCUAUUACUCUGUCCCCUACAAAGGCUCUGGAAAUGAUUGGUGCUAAUUUACAAAAGCAAUAUGAACGAUGGCAGCCAAGAGCUCGAUAUAAACAAUCCUUAGAUCCAACUGCUGAUGAAGUUAAAAAAUUAUGUAGUUCAUUAAGGCGCAAUGCUAAAGAUGAACGUGUAUUAUUUCAUUAUAAUGGCCAUGGUGUUCCAAAACCUACAACAAAUGGUGAAAUUUGGGUUUUUAACAGGACCUAUACACAGUACAUACCAUUAUCUGUGUACGACUUGCAAGCUUGGAUGGGUGCUCCUUCUAUAUAUGUUUAUGACUGCUCGAAUGCUGGAAUUAUUGUAGAUUCUUUUAAAACAUUUGCUGAUCAACAUGAAAGAGAACAAGAACAAAUGUCUAAUCAGAAUCGGGGUUCUCCAACAAACUUUGUAUCUUAUAAAAAUUGUAUUCAACUUGCAGCGUGUGCUUCUAAUCAAAUUUUACCUAUGAAUCCAGACUUGCCAGCAGAUCUGUUUACUGCAUGCUUGACAACACCUAUAAAAGUGGCAUUGAGAUGGUUUGUUAUGCAAAAUACUUCUAAGUUAGUACCCAAAAUAAAUUUAGAUCUUAUUGACAAAAUUCCAGGUCUUCUGACAGAUCGAAGGACAAUGCUUGGAGAAUUAAAUUGGAUAUUUACUGCUAUAACUGACACAAUAGCUUGGAAUAUUUUGCCAAGAGAUUUGUUUCAAAAGCUAUUUCGCCAGGAUUUACUGGUUGCGAGUCUUUUUAGAAAUUUUUUAUUAGCUGAGAGAAUUUUAAGGUCAUAUGAUUGUACACCAAUUUCGUUCCCUGCUUUGCCUUCAAGUGCCUGCCAUUCUAUGUGGGCUGCCUGGGAUCUUGCUUUAGAUUUAGCGUUAGUUCAAUUACCAAACAUUUUGGAACAUAAAGCACAAUUCCAGCAUUCACCAUUUUUUGAAGAACAGCUUACUGCCUUUCAAGUUUGGUUAAACUUAGGUUCUGAGAAAAGAACUCCUCCAGAGCAAUUGCCAAUUGUACUGCAAGUUCUAUUAUCCCAAGUACAUAGAUUACGUGCAUUAGAAUUGCUAGGAAAAUUCCUAGAUUUAGGACCAUGGGCUGUUAAUUUAGCUUUAAGUGUUGGAAUUUUUCCUUAUGUUUUGAAACUUCUACAAAGUUCAGCGAAAGAGCUGAGGCCCAUGUUGGUGUUCAUUUGGGCAAAGAUUUUAGCAGUCGAUGGUACAUGCCAAGCUGAUCUUGUUCGAGAUAAUGGACACAAAUAUUUUUUAGCUGUUCUUCAGGAUCCAACAAUUCAGGCUGAGCAUAGAACAUUAGCUGCUUUUGUUUUAGCCUGUAUAGUUAACAAUUACCCACCUGGUCAAGAGGCAGCUCUACAAGGAUCUUUAGUGUCAGUUUGUCUAGAGCAGUUGAAUGAUAACAAUGAAAUAUUAAGACAAUGGUUAGCUAUUUGUCUUGGACGUUUGUGGCAGAGAUAUGAAAAGGCAAGAUGGUCAGGAGUUCGAGAUUUGGCACAUGAAAAAUUGGACACGCUUUUGCUGGAUCCAGUACCAGAAGUACGAGCAGCUGCUGUUUACGCUCUUGGUACUUUUAUAAGUUCAGUGAAAGAACGUUCUGAACAUGCUAACAAUAUAGAUCAUGCUGUUGCAAUGAAUCUAAUGAAUAUUGUAAGCCAGGACAUGUCACCAUUGGUUCGAGCUGAAUUAGUAGCUGCUAUUCAAUGGAUGAUUCUUCAAUUCGAAACACAUUUCUUGGCAGUAUGUUUGCAAGAAAAUAUAAAAAUCAGUCCAUUGCUAAAUACAAACGAUGUAAUGACUUCACCAAUGCGUAGGAUAGCCUCUAGAGAUAGAUUAAGAGUUUUUUCACCAGGCUAUCAUUCUGGCCACGCUAAUGACACUGUUGAUUUUGGUUUAGGAACACUUGAAAGAAUGAAACGUGUUUCAAGUUCUAGUAGUAUCAGUUCAAUGGGGCAAUUAUCACCACUGCCUUCUCUGCCAACAAUUGGUUUUGGUUCUGUAUAUAUGAAACUAUGGCAUGGUCUAAUUGCACUGUCUACUGAUCCAUUCCCUCAAGUAGCAAUGAUGGCAACUACAGUUGUUGAUCACAUUCGCAAACAAGAAAAAGAGUGGUAUUCUUCAAGAGACGUUUCACAAAAUAUGAGUUCAAGUGUUAGUCUACCUCCUUCGCCUAAUACAAAACCUAAUUACCUUGGUGAAUCACCACCUAUUCAUGUCAAUAGGUAUAUCGUCUACAGUAUGAUUUAUUUAACCAAUUUUUCUAAUGAAUUUUUGUUUGUUUUUAGACCUAUAUUAAAUAGAACAAGAAAAGCUAUACCAAAUCCUAUUUCUGAAGAUUUAGAACAAGAAGAUAAAGAACUUGGAAUAAUGCAGCCUUUAGUUACCAGUAAUUAUGUUGCGUGGGCAGCUAAAUAUUUUACUCGACCUGUUAAACAAAACAUGAGAAUAUCAGACUGUGAAUCAAAGGGUUUUUAUGAACGGGAAUGGAGAUUCAUAAGAAAUACAACUCUAAGAAAUGAAGGACGAGAGGAGAAAAGAAGAGCUUCUUAUACAAAAAUAGAUAGCCAAGUAUGGUCUGGUCGCAGCACAAAAGUAGCAACAGUGUUAAAAUUCCACCCUUAUGAAUCACAUGUAGCUGUAGCAGCUAAAGACACUAUCUGUGUAUGGGAUUGGCAAAGUGGUGCAAGACUAAUGAGCUUUCAACAUAAUAAAAGCAUAGGUCGGGGUCAAGGUGGUAUGCCUUGUGGAAGAAUAACUUCACUGGAGUGGAUUAAUCCGCAUGAUAUUGGCUUACUUUUGGUAGGUCAUGAAGAAGGUUCUGUACGAUUAUGGAAAUCACAUACUAGUCACAUUGGUCAUGGUAUAUCUAGAGACCCAACUUUGGUAUCAGCUUGGCAAGGUUUAACAGACAUUCUGCCUAGCAAAACUGAUAUAAAUGCUGGUGUUGUCAUGUGCUGGGAACAAAACACACAAACUAUAGUUAUGGCUGGUGAUGCUCGUAUGCUUAGGGUUUGGGAUACAGAACAUGAGUUAAGGCUUCAAGAUAUUCCAACAGGUGCUGAUUGCAGUGUAACUACUAUUACAAGUAGAUAUUCCCAUAACAAUAUAUUAGUUGCUGGUUGUUCAGAUGGUAGUUUAAGAUUAUUUGAUAGAAGAUUGUCACCACAAGAAUCAAGAAUCAAGACCUACAGAGAGCAUCGUGGAUGGGUGUUAACAACUAGUCUUAGAAAUAACGGUCAAAUUUUAUCUGGAAGUCUUGCUGGAGAUGUGAAAGUAUUUGAUAUGCGUAGAGAUAGCUCGGUACUGAGUUGGGAUGUAGGUAGUGGUGUUUCUGCAAUGUCAUUUCAUAAUACUGCAGAUUUAUUUGCAUUUGGUUCUGUCAAUCACCACAUUUCCAUUAGCAAUCUAAGUGGCCAUCCUAUAAACUCAAUAAGAAUGCAUGAAGGUUUUAUGGGGCCAAGAAUAGGACCAGUGUCAUCUUUAGCAUUUCAUCCAUAUCGAUUAGCCUUGGCUUCGGGUGCCAUGGACUGCUCACUAUGUGUCUUUAGUGCUGAUAAACCCACAAGAUAAUUAAAGAAUCUUGUUGUUGUUGGUGAUUUGUAAUUUAUAACUACCUCCUAAGUUAAUGAAUUUUAAGAUGAUGAUCCAAUUAUUAGCGACAUCCGUUUUUAAAAAAAUGAUGCAAAAGAUUUCUGAACAAU